UUAUUUAGUUUUAAAAUUUCCUGGUGUGGGAAAGGCAGCUAAUCAUAUCCCAAGAAUGGAGUCUUUGCAAGAGAGUUGCAACGGAUGACUUUGUUCCUUAUCUCUUUGAAUCUCGCUGCUAAUUACUGAAGAAGAAAAAGCAGGAUUCGUUUCGAUUUUCAACUUGAAGUCUGUGUUCUUGUGUUCAUUUCCAUUUUUAAUCCCUAAGUGUGUGUGUAAGAGAAGGAUCGAGAAGCGGUGUGUUUUUGGUGGGAUCAAUCAAGUAAGUGAAGAAAGGGUGUGUGAUUUGUGAGGCGGAUUUGGUGUGAAAUGACGAGAAUGCUACUGAGCAUCCCGUCGCCGUCGUCGAUGAAGAUGUUCGAUCUGUGGUUGUCGUCAAACUGGUGGGACUGGGAAGAGAUUAAUGAAUCAAAGAGCUGGCAAGAUGGAAUAUUCUUCACUCUAUGUGGUUUUUAUGCCCUAGUAUCCGCCAUAGCUCUUAUUCAACUAAUCAGGAUUGAAAUCAGAGUCCCCGAGUAUGGUUGGACAACACAGAAAGUUUUCCACCUCAUGAAUUUCAUCGUAAAUGGAGUUCGUGCAGUUGGUUUUGGAUUUCAUAUGCAAGUGUUCAAUUUGCACCCCAAGGUUUGCAUCUGGAUGCUGCUGGAAAUUCCAGGACUACUUUUCUUUUCCACUUAUACUCUUCUUGUUCUAUUUUGGGCUGAAAUCUAUCAUCAGGCUAGAAGUUUGCCUACAGAUAAACUGAGAACAACUUAUGUAUGUGUUAAUGUUGGAGUUUAUAUCAUUCAAGCUUUCAUCUGGAUAUACCUUUGGGUAGAUGACAAUAGCCUUGUUCAGUUUAUUGGAAAAAUAUUUAUUGCAGUUGUAUCAUUCAUAGCUGCUCUUGGGUUCUUGAUUUAUGGAGGAAGAUUAUUCUUCAUGCUUCGAAGGUUUCCUAUUGAAUCAAAAGGAAGAAGGAAGAAACUUCAUGAGGUUGGAUCUGUGACAGCAAUAUGCUUUACCUGCUUUGUUGUAAGAUGCAUUGUGGAUGUUGUAUCGGCUUUUGAUUCGGAGGUGUCAUUGGAUGUUCUUGAUCAUCCGGUCCUAAACUUGAUCUUUUACAUGCUAGUUGAGAUCUUGCCUUCGGCUCUUGUGUUGUAUAUUCUAAGGAAGCUGCCUCCAAAGAGAGUUUCUGCACAAUAUCAUCCUAUUCGUUAAUCCUUUUUCUUUGUUUUGUUUUAUUUUGUUUUGUUGUAUAAAUAUUAUUAUUAUCGUUAUUAUUAUAUUUGGAUUGGUUU